GGCGAGCCGGCGGUCCCUGUCCCCGUCCCAUCCCCCACGCAGCCUUUGCCCUCCCAGCUCCUUCCCUCUCGGUCUUCCCUUCCCGCGUUCCCCGGAGAAACAUGGCCGGGAGCAGCGAGAAGGCGCCAGACUGCGGGCGAGGCGUCGUGAUUAUGGAUGACUGGCCGGGGUAUGACUUGAAUUUAUUCACGUACCCACAGCACUAUUACGGAGACUUGGAAUACGUCCUCAUACCUCAUGGCAUCAUUGUGGACAGAAUUGAGCGGCUGGCUAAGGAUAUUAUGAAAGACAUAGGAUACAGUGACGUCAUGGUCCUGUGUGUGCUUAAAGGAGGCUACAAAUUCUGUGCUGAUCUCGUAGAACACCUUAAGAACAUCAGCCAAAAUUCAGAUCGUUUUGUCUCUAUGAAAGUUGACUUCAUCAGACUAAAAAGUUACAGGAAUGACCAAUCCAUGGGUGAGAUGCAGAUAAUCGGAGGCGAUGAUCUUUCAACACUGGCUGGAAAGGAUGUCGUUGGAACUGGGAGGACCAUGAACGCACUCCUCAGCAGUAUAAAGAAAUACAAGCCUAACAUGAUUAAGGUAGCCAGUUUGUUGGUGAAGAGACAACCCAGAAGUGACGGCUUUAGACCUGACUACGCUGGAUUUGAGAUUCCAAACUUAUUUGUGGUGGGAUAUGCCUUAGAUUACAACGAAUACUUCAGAGAUCUGAAUCACAUAUGUGUGAUCAACGAGCACGGUAAAGAAAAAUAUCGAGUCUAAAAACAUGAAUUCUCAGCACCGAAGUCCCGGAUACCAUCAUACAUACGACUGUACUCGGGAAGCCAGCUGUCAAGUUUGUCUCCCCAGGCGUCUUCACUCAGCAGGAUAUAAAAGAAAAAAAUGUUCUAAUGAGAGCGCUUUCUUUUCUGAGGUUAAUAUAAAGAGUAUCAAAGGUUUUUAAGGAAAAGAAAGCAGUGCUUUUAUUUGACUUGUUCCAAACUAAACACUCCGCCUUGUGACUCAGCAAUACUCUCUACGUUGGAACUCCUGAGCUCCGCCUUCCUUUGUUUCGAUUCAGUCAUUAUGUUUGAUUACUAUUCCCAGGAAUACCCCCACCUAGUUACUCAAAUAUUUUUCACUUAACUUUGUAUACUCUAUUUCGGUAAUAAGCUUACAAUAUUAAGAAGCUGGGGACCUUUUUUUUAACUGAAGCCUUGAGCCCCAUAUAGCAGGAAUGCAACUACUAAUAGAUUCCUGUAUUUUAAGAGGAGGGAAAGGACAAUUUAAUAUAAAUUUCUGUUUGCGCAUUUCUGACAGGCCGUUAUUAUCCUCUUUGACAAAGCCUUUCUGAAACUCAGUGUACAAUGAAUCUUAAUGAUGUUAUGAAACGGGUUUUGCUCAGGGCUCUUGAUUGGAGCUUCCGGUAUGUGACGACAGUAUGUCAUGUAUGCAUGGAUGUAGUCAACUGUGUUUAAUUCUCUGAAUUUUAAUUAGAAAAAAAUACAAUAGCAGCAAGGCCCUGGUUUCUAAGCUGUAUCCUUUUAUUCAUAUGGGACAUAAGCAAAUGGCAGAAUUAAGGGCGAGUGCUUUCAAUGCUCCAAACUAAGCAAGUAUAAAUUUUUCCUCUUAUUUGCAUGAAAGGACAAGACACUGCUAUGUUCCACCAUAAAUGUGAAGACAGAGGAUGAAUUAUUUUUUAAAAUAUCUUUAAAAGACUGAUCACAAAAUCCAAAGUGCUACAAGGAACAAGCAUACUUAAGAAAGUUUUUCCUGAAUCACAUUUUUCCCAAUUUCUCCGUUUUAUGAGACAUUUCCUAAUUCAUGGGGAUUUUAAUUGAAAAUAAACGUGAGUGCCAAUAGAGCUGGUUUCUUUUCACUUCCUACAAAAUGCAAAUGCAAAAUAAAUAACUAAGCAGCUUUUGUUUGGUUCUGAACCGUAUGUGGCGUAUUGUUAUUAGGUUCUAGCUUCCUUUAAACUAAUAAAGAAUAAAAAAAAAUUUUUACGUUUUA